AUGGACACCACCGAGCCGCGGCGCGGGGCUUCAGAGGACCUUGAUCCGGAAGCCAGCCCCAGCCCUGCGGACUCAGUUAAGAAGCAAGAACUCCCCGAUGACUUGCCCAAAUCCCUCGAUGACCGCCGUUCUGUUCCCAUCUUCCAAGAGACUGAGAUGUACGAUGCGUGGCAGGCAGGCCAAUCUCAAUUCCUCACUACCCCCGUCGCCGCCAAACCGCUUUCCUUCAGUCUGACCCUCGAUGACCACUCGCACGAUCCCGAAACGGACCUCCGCGCCCAGUACGGCCGCGACCUGGAAGACAGCGAUGCCCGGCUGAUGGAGAUGCUGGCUGCACAGGCGGCGCACCGGGAGGUAGACUCGCUGAGCGCAGACGAGGAGAGCAUCGCGAACGACGAAAAACUGACCGAGGUUGAAAAGCGGGAUAUUCUACAAAAGAGUCUGAACAUGGCGGCGAGUAAUGGAGAUGUCGAGCGCAUCCGCAAGUUGGUUGAUGGGCCUGCGAAGAGCUACGUUGAUGUCAACAUGAAGGAUGAGGAAGGCACCGUGCCUUUGAUCUAUGCUAGUUGUUUCGGACACCAGGAAGUGGUUUCUGCGCUGUUGGAUGCCGGUGCCUUUGUCGACCAACAAGAUCGGAAUCAGUGGAGCGCAUUGAUGUGGGCUAUGACGAACCGACAUAAGGCGAUUGCGAAGAUCCUGCUCGAUCAUGGCGCGUCGCCGGAUAUUAAGUCAUCGUCAGGCGGGACGGCAUUCGAUUUUGCGCAGCCUGGGAGUGAGAUGUCGGAGUUUCUGCAUGAGAAUGGUUACAAUUUUGGGCCUAGUGCUAUCGAGGAUGACUUCUAUGAUGCUGGAUUGGCACAUGGGAGAUUUGAAGAGGAACUUGCGGAGAGCGAAAUGAAGCGGCGUAUGAUGAUGGAAGAGAGUGCCAUCAAUCUGGAGGUUGACUUGUCUAGCCUCGGGCUGGACGAGAAGUUCGAAGUGAAUGAAGACCUUGAAGAAGAUCAGCAAGAAUUUGUAUGGGAUAAGUGUCUGAAUGACCAGAUGUUCGUGUUCCAAGACCAUGAACUAGAGCAUAUUUUGGACAUUAUUAUCACCAAUAUGACACCUCAGCGAUCUCCCACUCAGAAGCCUGUGCCAGCCAAUCUCCUCUUCCUCAGCGCGCGCUAUGCCCACUAUCACGCCAGUCCCGAAUUACUCGCAACGCUUCUCACUUCAGCCACUGAAAAGAUCAAUGAUGUUGUCGAAAGGUAUCAGUGGGAUAUGACCAUGCAAGCAUUCUGGCUUUCCAAUGCAACGCUGUUGCUGCACUAUUUGAAGAAAGAUCCUGGAUUGGCAGAGUCAACAGUGGAAUUCCAGCUUCAUCUAGCGGAAUUGAUUAAUGAAAUCUUUGUUCUGAUCAUUCGCGACGCCGAGAGACGGAUGAACAAAGUCCUGGAUGCCGCCAUACUGGACCAUGAAACUAUCCCGGGGUUAGAAGACAUCGCAUUCCAGAACGAGUGGAAGAUUUUCAAAAAGAAGAAGACCGACGCUCCAGAGCCUGCAGAGAAAAGAUUCCGACCCCCAUCGCCCCGGCGCCGAGCACAGAUCUCUCCGCGAAACAUCACAUCCCUACUCUCAUCCACCCUCUUUGUGCUAGAUCUUUAUGACGUACAUUCUGUGAUCACUACCCAAAUCCUCUCCCAGCUCUUCUACUGGCUUAGCGCCGAGAUCUUCAAUCGAAUUAUGACCACAAAACGCUAUUUGGCGCGGACCAAAGCUAUGCAGAUCCGCAUGAACGUGUCUACUUUGGAAGACUGGGCUCGGACCAACAACCGGCACCCAGAACAUUAUGAUAAUGGAUCAAUGACGAGUACCGGGGAGAGCACCGUGGACGCGGCUCGCCGUCAUCUAGCCCCCGUUAUCCAAUUACUCCAAUGGCUGCAAUGCUUUUCCUCCCUCGGGGAUGACCACGAGUCACUGGUGACAACCUUACUUCAACUCCAACAACUCGUCCCCAUUCAACUCCUCCACGCAGUGAAAUCAUACCGACCUGAAGUCGGCGAGAAGGGCCUCACCAAGCAAGCCAUGAAAUUCCUUCUCGACGUCCAGCGUGACCCGGACCUAUUAUUCCGAGAACAGCAAAGGAUCCAAGCCGAGAAAGACCAGGCCAAUGGGCCCCCGCCGGUGCCAGACAAGGACACCCCCGUCCGCCCAGAAACGCCCACCAAAGAUGAUCCACAGGCAUCGAAUACCUCGGCUACCCCAAACCCGGGUCCAACUUCCCCCGAGUCUAACACAACAUCAUCAAGACCGACCAGUAUGAUGAUCGCCACGGCCAAAGAGGACCGUCCCAACAGCGUCUUCCUCGACCCAACGCUCUUCCUCCCCUUCUCCCUGCCCACCAGUACAGACAUGCUCAUUAGUUAUGGCGCGGGCCUCGGCGGUACGAACCGUGAGCGGGCCCGCAAGUAUAUCCCCACCGUUCCAGCGGAGGUUCUUAGUCGGUUUGACCGCGGACACGACAUAUAA